GCCUGGGAGCGGAGGGUCUGUUCAGGGCCCUGGGGCUUUUCUCCCUCCUCUUCCCUGACUCUAUGGUCCGUCCUAGACGGGACCUUAGCAUUUCCGAUGCGUCAUAUCCGGACGGUGCUGAGAUGCCGAUGAAAUUGAGUAGCUGCCUAUUACAGCUUCUUGUAAGAAGAUCCUCACAAACGUGUGAGGCUAGAAUAUGUGUAUAAACACAGAACAUUGGUCACUGAACUCUUAAGCUUUGUGCCUUACCCAGAUCUCUUUUGGGAAUCAGAAACUUGAAUCGAUGUUAUCGGAUGAGUUAGAAUCCAAACCAGAGCUGCUGGUUCAGUUUGUUCAGAACACAGCUAUUCCACUAGGAGAGGGGCUUGUGGAAUCGGAACCUAAAGAUAUUACCUGUCUGUCUCUCCUUCCUGUUACUGAAUCCCCAGAAUGCAACAGACUGAUAUUGCCAGAUGACUCCCCAAGUCAUACUAGUUCUUCAAAGGAUGUGCCCUCUUCUGCUGUUUUGCGAAGCCUCCAGAUGAAUGUUGGCCCUGAUGGUGAGGAGACAAGGGCACAGACAGUACAGAAGUCACCUGUGCUUCUUCCAAGUCCUGAUACUUCCAGCUUAUUGCAAGACCUUCAGCCCAGUGAUUGCACUUCCUUUAUCCUGCUCAAUUUAACACGGACAGGCCUUGGCACUCCCUCAGAGCACUUGGUGUUUGUCCAAGAUGAAGCACAAGAUUCUGGGAAUAGCUUCUUCUCUAACAGUAGCACUGACAGCAGUACUCCUUGGUUUUUACGAGUGCAGGAACUGGCCCAUGACAGUUUGAUUGCUGCCACUCGUGCACAACUUGCCAAGAAUGCCAAAGCAAGCAAUAAUGGUGAAAAUGUUCAUGUUUGCUCAGGAGAUUCACAACCGAAAGAAUCCAGUCCCAUUCCUCACCUGCCCCGUGUGGAGAAAAAGUUGAAGUGCACUGUAGAAGGCUGCGAUAGGACAUUUGUGUGGCCAGCCCACUUCAAAUAUCACCUAAAAACGCACAGGAAUGACCGUUCCUUUACUUGUCCAGCUAAAGACUGUGGGAAAAGCUUCUAUGUCCUACAGCGUUUGAAAGUGCACAUGAGAACACACAAUGGCGAGAAACCAUUCAUUUGCACUGAGCUAGGCUGUGGGAAGCAAUUCACGACAGCUGGAAACCUAAAGAAUCAUCUGCGGAUUCACACGGGAGAAAAGCCCUUCUUAUGUGAGGCCCAGGGCUGUGGUCGUUCUUUUGCUGAAUACUCCAGCCUCCGGAAACACUUGGUUGUCCAUUCGGGAGUAAAGCCACACCAGUGUCAAAUAUGUGGAAAGACAUUUUCCCAAAGUGGCAGCAGGAAUGUGCAUAUGAAAAAACAUCAUUCUAGAGUUGGAAUGACUAGCAACAGACAACAUGAACAAACAGAAUCGCUGAUGGGCAGUAGUUUGUUGGAAGAGUCUGAGGUGCACAGCAAGAAUCUGGUGUCAAUAGGUACUCCUCCCAGCCUUGGUGUGGAAUCCUUGCACCUGCCAGACACAGAAUCAAUUAUUGGUGUAAAAGAGGCAGAGGUUCUUGCCGAAGCAACAACAAAUUCUCUCCAUUCUGUGUCCGAUGUGGUUUUGCCAUCUCAUCAUCUGAUGCCCAUGUCAGUAUCAAGGCACUCCUAUGAGGUCUCAUCUUUGCUACAGUAGAUUCACAG